AUGACAUCCUUCGUCGCUAUCGAUCACUUCACCAAAACCGAGCUCACCGCCAUUCCCCCAGAAGAAAAACCUACCUACAACAGCCUGAAGAUUCUCCAUCAGGAACUGAACGCCAAUGCCAUGGCCGUCCCCUCCACCGGCGGUGGAGGCAACUAUGGCCACCUCGCUUUGGCAUUAACACCAGCACAGUUCAAUGCAUUGCCUAACACCAUCCCAUGGGUACUCCCAGCACACCCAGGAGUAGCACCAGUUCAUGCCGGCAACGCAACCCAAGCACAAAUCACCGAAACCAACCGUCUCUACAUAGCAUCUGAGACCAGGUUCUUCGUAUGCAGAGCCACCGAAACUGCUCUACGCAAACAACUCCUUGACGCCAUCCCCGACACCUUCACCAAAGCAUUGAAGCAUGAGAUGUACGGAUAUGCUCAGCUCACAGUCAUUCAGGUACUUACCCACCUCGACACCACCUACGGCACUGUUGACGCCUUCGACCUUGCGCACAACUUGAAAAGGAUGAAUGCAACUUGGAGCCCCUCUCAACCCAUCGAAAAUCUCUGGAAUCAGAUCAAGGAUGCCCAGAAAUUUGCAGCCGACCAUGAUCCAAUCACAGAUCAAUACGCAGUCCGCUCUGCCCUUGAAAACCUCGAGAACAGUGGAAUGUUCACGGAUUCCCUCCGCGAUUGGCGAAAGCUCACCAUCGCAGCACAGCAAUCAUUUGCAACCAUGGAAACCCACUUCACCGCGGCUGACAAAGAAAGACGCAGAAUCCUUACUUCCAAAGGAAUGGGAUACGCUAACAAAGCUACCGAGGCUAAAAGUAACAAGGACCCCCCCGCCAGCACCAAAGGAGACAAAAACGGCGUCCCCAUGUACUACUGCUGGUCGCAUGGAUUAGGACCAAACGGCAACCACACCAGCGCGAGCUGCUCCAAGCCAGUCACAGGACACCGCAAAGAUUCUACCGCGGAUAACAUGCUAGGUGGGGGCUGUCAGAUCCAUCGCAAGGCCGGAGAAAGGGCCAUCUACCGACGCCCACAGAGGCCCAAUCGCGACAAUGACGAAAAUCAGCCACCUGCUGACCCAGCUCAAGGAUGA